AAGUCAUUGUCUAAACUAAUCCAGAAAUAAUAGAAUUUUCUGAAAUAUAGCAUUUUUUGAAAGGUUGCUUUUAACAAGAAAGUAAAAAUAAAACCCUAUUCAAAAAAUAUUUUUUUGUUUGUCAUUAAUAAACUUUAAAAAUAAUCUUAUUGUAUUUUUCUUAAUUUUGGUUUUUAAAUAUAUGAGUUUUAUUAAUCGUUAGCUAAAAGAACGACAAAAAAUUUUCUACGUUACUGGUACACAAAGGUAAUAUUAUGAUUUAUAAUUACAAUUAUCAUGAGUCAUUUAAAAACAACAUUCAAAGAUCCAUCAUUAAUAUCAGACGAUCUAAAUGAUACAACAAUGAUGUUGGGUAAUAUUAAUGAAAAAUUAAAUGCACAAGAACCAACAACACCAUGUGUUUUAAAUACUCCAAAUACAUGUACAAAAAAUAGUACAUUUUUCUAUGAUAUACCUCCAAUUAAUACACCUACCAUUACAGGAUCACAAGAAACACAAUCUACAACAAUAAUAACAAAUGGUAAUGUUGAUAUUGAUUCUUCAAUAACAGUAAACAAUAAACAACUUGGUGCUGGAACAAAUAGUUCUGCAUCAUCAUCAUCGUCUAAUGUGGAAUCGAAUACAACAACACAUGAUUCAUCGAAUAUGCAAUUGCCAAAAAGUUUAAUAUUAUUUAAUGAGCAAUCGUCUUCACUGCGUCAUAUUCCUUUGAAUUUAUCACAUAUUCAUCCGAAACCAAAAGAUCAAUUAUCGACCACUAUCAUACAGUCAUCGUAUUCAACAACAUUAAACGGGCAUACAUCAUCGUCUUAUUCCAGUGAAAUAAAACCAACAGAAGACAUUCUAAUACGUCAACAUUUAUCUCCAACACAAACUCAUUGUACAUUAUCACCCUCAUCCUAUUGUUUAGAACAAAUUAAUAAUCAACGUACGAACGGUGAACUUGAUUCUGUUAGUCAAAAUCCUCCAUCAGUAUCGUCAUCGCCGUCAUCCUCAUCACAUUCCAUCGUUUAUAAUUCUACAUCUUCUACAACACCCCCAACGGCAUCGACGACUCUCUCAAUGAAUCAUCAUCAUGAUCGAGCAGAAACGGUCUAUUCCUCUUAUAAUAAUGAUCAACAUCCAACUUAUAUAGAUUACCAGCAGCAAUCACAGCCUCCUUCUUAUCACGAUAUAAUGGUGAGACCAAAAUCUACAUUACGUCCACAAACAAAUUUCGCGACAUUGAGAUUAGAUGCAAACUCAUAUCCACUUAAGCAGCCAAUAACUAUAACAUCCUCUUCUCAACAGCAAGACUGGACAAAUUCGAAUCCGCCAUCUUAUCAACAACAGUCACUUAUUAAAGAAGAACCACAAGAAUAUUCAUCAUCAAAUUCCAAUAUUUAUUCAUCUGAACCACCAAAACCCACCACAAUAGCUAAUAGUGGACAACAACAACUACAACCGUUUUUAUUUGCUAAGCCGCGAAAAUAUCCAAAUAGACCAUCGAAAACACCGUUACACGAACGACCGUUUCCAUGUCCAGUUGAUGCAUGUCCAAGACGAUUCUCACGAUCGGAUGAAUUAACGAGACAUAUUCGAAUACAUACUGGAGAUAAACCAUUUCAAUGUAAAAUAUGUGCAAGAGCAUUCAGUCGUUCAGAUCAUUUAACAACACACAUUAGAACACAUACGGGUGAAAAACCAUUUUCCUGUGAUACAUGUGGUAGACGUUUUGCUCGAUCCGAUGAACGAAAACGACAUGGAAAAGUGCAUCAAAAAGUACGUAAUUCAAAUACUAUUAAUACAAAAUCAUUAUCGUCUUCAAAUUCAAUCAAUUUAAUAAAUGCCGCAGCUCACGUUAGUGGUCUAUUGUCAAUUGUGGAAAGUGGUGACGAUAGUUCACAUAGUGACGGUGAUAUGUACACAACUCCAACAACAUUUCAUACUCAUCAUCAACAACUUCAUUCUCAACCUCCACAACAACAUCAUUCAACCACUUGGUAA